GUAGUCCAUUCGCAAAGUACAUGACAUGACCAAACAAUGCCUGAUUGUACCAAAGUUCAGAUCUGUUGGCCACCAACGUGAUAUAAGGAGCCUCUUUUAGCUCCGCAGCCAGAACGUGUUCAACUCUUUUCUUUCUUUUAUCCUGUUACUACAUGAAACAUCGAAACUUUUACGAUGACAGAACCAACACCCACAGUCAAGGCUCGAGCAAUUGACUUGCCGGAAAUCCUUUUAAGAUAUCAUGCUUUCUCAGCCCAUCAGAUCUCCUCGCCUGCUCCGCCACAUGAUUCUGAACUGCCGCUCAAAGUUGGCAGCAUCUGUAGAGAACUAGAAUCUAUCACUUUGGAGGGUCUGUCUUUGGUUCACCCCAAGCAUACAAAGGAGUGUGGUAAUGCUCAGAACCUACGAUCUUUAAGUCUUACACAAUGUGGCAUCAGAGGGCGUCAUAUGGCGGUGUUUUGGACCAUAUGCCAGCGGUUGGAGACCUUGCAUUUGAAUCAUGUCUUCAUGGACACAACCAAAGCUCUUGAUGUCGACUCGAAGCCUCACGAUUCAAUGCCGCCAAUAGCCAUGGCGCUUCGAUUCCCGCGACUCCGGGAAUUGUCCCUUCGCAAUAUGAUCUACCAUCAAGAGCAUGAACAAUUGAAUCUUAUCUGCCACUGUUCACUCCUUCAAACCCUUACCUGGUCCAAGUUGCUCCAGGCUCGAGACAUUAUCGAUGCCAAACCAUUUGUCUGCCUUCAAUUACAGGAGCUCCAAGUCUUUAUAGACCUGAGAUUUCCUUACCACCGAUUUACCAAGGAUGAGUUGCAUCAAUGUAGAGCGGUGUUCAAAAGAUUGUCAAUCUUUACAAAUCUUCGUGAACUGGAUUUGGUCUCUAUUAAUGACCCCUCCCAUCCUCGCCAAAAUAUGGUGGGGCUUCCAUUGAGGGUAAGGGCUGGAUUGAGUCAUUUGAGUGGAUUAAAGAAGUUGGAGGCUGUUUACUUUAGCGGACGACAAAAAGUGCACAAGGAGGACUUGAUCUGGAUGAUCGAUCAUUGGAAGAGCCUCAGGCGCCUGACUGGUACUUGGCAAGUCUUGUUUGGAAACAAGGACUUGGUUCGUGACGAUUUUUUUCAUGAAGGAAAAUUACAACAGUGGCUGAAGGAGCAUGGUAUCCAAACUGAUGGCUGCCGAUAUGAGUUUUAUAAUCCCGGAGACAUGGGGAUCGUGGACUGCUGUGGGAGCUCUGACGAUGAGCAAGAGGACAUUGAUGGUGCACCUCCAAAGCCCAGAUCGAAAAGCGAAGAGAAAGCUUGA